UCUCUCUCUGCAAUAUGCACGAGGAUUGGCUCUCUCUUUUCCGAGCACUAACUCGCAGUCCACAGCAUCGCGAAGAAGCUUAAAGGCGAAGAAACUUCGUCCACUCAAAACCCUAAAAAUAUAAUAAAACAAAAAGAGAGGAGAGGGAGAGGAAAAAUAAUAAAAAGCCUCUCCCAUCUUUCCUUCAUCUUCUUUCUCUCUUUUUCUUUCUCUCUCUCUCUCUGUCUCUUUGUUGUUUCUCAGCUGGUAUUCACCUCUGAUUGUUGAUUCUCCACCAUAUAUUUCCAAAAAACUCAUCAACCUUUUCAAAAGAAAAAAAAAGGAUGGAACAUAAAAACAUGGUUUUCUCAUCUGUUCCAGUCUGCUUAGAUCAAACCAAUUGGCACCAGUUACAGCAGCCGAACCAUCAACUAGGAACCGCCGAUGAAAACCCUCAUCAGCUUCAGCCAUCGCAGGCACUUCAACCUCAACCGGGCACGAUCAGGCCGGGUUCCAUGGUUGAUCGAGCUAGGCUAGCGAAGAUACCGCAACCGGAGGCAGGUAUAAAGUGCCCCCGGUGCGACUCUACCAACACGAAGUUCUGCUACUUCAACAACUACAGUCUGUCACAGCCCCGCCACUUCUGCAAGGCCUGUCGCCGUUACUGGACCCGAGGCGGCGCCCUAAGGAACGUCCCUGUGGGCGGAGGCUGCCGGAGAAACAAGAGAAGCAAGAACAGCACCUCAAAAUCAAAUAUCACGGCGGCUGAGCAGCAGACCGGACCUAAAUCAACAAGUGGUAGUCCUUCCAGCUGCAGCACCGAUAUUUCCGGCCAUUUUCCCCAGCCAUCGCCGCCGUUGCCUUUCCUGGCCGGUUUUCAGAGUCUGGCUCAUUAUGGCGGAGGGAACAUUGGCUCGAACGUCGGUGGAUUUGAGACCCAGAUGGCUGCUGCAGGCGGCGGAGGGCAGGCCAAUUUGGCGUUUCAGUUGGGAAGUAACUCGGAUGGAAACGGCGGCAUUUUGUCAGGUGGAGGAGCAGAUCAAUGGCGAUUGCCUUUCCUGGCCGGUUUUGAGCCGGCCACAAAUUUGUAUCCAUUCCAAGGCCAAGGCGGAGAUGGCCAGCUUAGGUCAAUGGCAUUGAGUACUGGAAUUACUCAGACGGCUCCAGUGAAAAUGGAAGACAACCAAUUAGGGUUACAAUUGCCAAGGCAGUAUAUGGGUAUUCAAGAAAACAAUCAGUAUUGGGCUGGGAAUCCAUGGACAGAUCUUCAAGGUUUUAACUCUUCUUCCUCAAGCCAUCUGCUGUAACUUCUUGAAGCUUCCAUUUGUUGGAGCCCUAAUAUGCUAACACUAAGCUGCAUGCUGCUGAAAGCCUUUUCAAGCUUCAACAGUUUCAAAGAUAGUGAGGUGCUGAAAUUGCAGAUCUCGCAUCCCCAUAAGUAAUAUUCUGAAGAAACUAAGAAAUGGUAGUGUUGGUGUUUGUACUUAUAUUUUGUAUUUGUUUAUAUUAUUUGUCUAUGCUUUCAGAAACUCCUGUUUUGUGUGGUUUUGUUUUGUUUACAUGUGUGUAGGCGGACAUGUGUGAUUUUGUUGCCUUACUUAAAUGCUGGUUUUCAUCAAUUUAUGCUAACUUUUUUCCUUAUUUUAGUCACUAGCAUUAGACUUUGUUUGCAUAGAGAGACACCACUACUCCUAUAGAUCGUAGCUUCUCUUCA